AAUUUUCAAAUACUUAAGCAACAUUUUGUUAGACUAUAUAAAUAUCGAUUACUCUGACACAAAUAUAUUAUUCAGAAGUAAGUUUGCAAUCGAAAUGAAGUUAUCUAUUCACAUAAUUUUCGUUGUUGCGGCUAUUAUCAGGGGCUAUCAAUGUUCUGGCUGCUUUGGAUCUGAUAAAUAUGAUGAGUUUCUCGAUGUUACUUGCAUCUUCCAUCCAGCUCAAAACUAUGCCAUAAGGAAACAUAACUUGGAAAGUAUUUAUACAGGAUUCAAAACAUCAAUCGAAAAUGUAAUGAAAUCACUCAAAGGCGUAAAAACCGAGUAUAAUGCAGGAGAGUUAUUGGCUUUGCUCCAUUCAAAUUUUCAUGAAUUUUCGAUUUGGGUGAGAAAUAUUCGAGAUAUGGAAAAUACAAUUGUGACUGAGUUCGUGAAUAGCACUAUUAACGCGGAUAAAAAGUUUAUAUCAGACAAUAAGAAGGUAUUGAAAAAGUGUAAAAUGGCUUAUGUAAUAGAAUUGAAAGAAAUUUUGCUAGAACAUGCGGCAGCUUUAAUCAAACAUCAUAGUGAUAUAAACCAAAAUAUUGGCUUAUUGGCCAGAGAAAUGACCUACCGCAAGACAGUCGUAGAUUGGAUUGCUAAUUAUAUAGCAAAGAAUGGCACAACUCCGGAAACUCUGAAAGCAAUUCUUGAUACUGUAAACCCAAGACUUUUCCAAGCAACCACCAAUAUGGAAGUUAUAAACCAAUCGAUGUCAGAGUGUAUUGCUCAUAAAAAUACACUUAAACCGACUGAAAAAUUGGGCAGUUUUCUACAAAGGGCCCUUUUGAGUAUAUCCAAACCGGGGAGAAAAUGAGAAAAAAAGUGUAAUUGUCAACUUAAAAUCAUUAAAAAUUGAAUUCUGUGUCUAUUCCGUAA